GAAUAACGAUAAAUCAUGUGUACGUAAUCUAACGAAAAUUAUUGGCAAUGGCAGCGCAAAAAAGACCGAAACUAGAAUUAUCAUAUCAGCCCAAAUAAUAUAAAGAUAUAAGCAAUCCAACAAGUCUUAAACCCACACCCAGAGAUUCAUAUACAAAUCAAGAAGAUGAUGAUAAUGCAACGACAUCAAUGGCUUCUCUCAUGGUGUCCUUACAACAUAUUACCACCACCCCCACCAGCCCAUCUCUCCCAAACCCCAAGAAAACCCAGAUUCUUGUCAGUCUCAGCAAGCACCACCAUAGUUUCAGAAACACUGAGUGCUAGAGAGAGAAGACAGAUGAGAAAUGAGAGGAGAGAGAGUAAACUUACUGGUACUGGGUGGAGAGAACAAGUUGAAGAUAAGCUUUUGGUGAAGCCCAAGAAAAGAUACAAGUCUUGGACUGAAGAGCUCAAUCUUGAUACUUUGUCAGAUUUGGGUCCUCAAUGGUGGAUUAUUAGAGUUUCUAGGAUUUCGGGUCAGGAGACGGCUGAAAGGGUCGCCCGGGCACUUAUCAGGAAGUUCCCGGAAAUUGAAUUCAAGGUAUAUGCUCCCGCUGUCCACAUCAAAAGGAAGCUGAAAAAUGGGACAAUAUCUAAUAAACCAAAACCGAUUUUCCCUGGGUGUGUUUUCUUAAAUUGUGUACUGAACAAGGAUGUACACGACUUUAUACGAGAAUGUGAAGGAGUUGGAGGAUUCAUUGGCUCAAAGGUCGGAAAUACCAAAAAACAAAUCAAUAAACCAAGACCAGUAUCAGCUGAUGAUAUAGAAGCAAUAUUCCGGCAAGCAAAAGAAGAACAAGAAAAGACUGACAGAGCUUGGGAGGAAGAGCAGGAAAGAGAAAGAAUUCUUAAUGAAGAGCAACUCAAAAAGAGCUCUGAGGUAGAUUCCAAGGAGGUCAAAGUUAUUUCCAAGUCGAAGAAACGAUCCAAAAAAGCUUCGGAGGCACUUGUGACAGGAAAGAAAGACAAGCUCCUCGUUCCAGGUGCAACUGUUCGAGUUUUAUCUGGCUCAUUUGCGGAGUUUAAAGGCGCACUUAAGAAGCUAGACCAGAAAACAGGGAUGGUUACAGUAGGGUUUACGCUAUUUGGGAAGGAGACGUUAGCGGACCUUAAUGUCAGUGAAGUUGUAGUGGAGACAGAGUGAUGUACACGGUUACUGUUAUAUGUAUUUUUUUGGUGGUAAGUUACCAUCCAUAUAUCGCAAUAUCUAAUCUUUCUUGAAAGCCGUAGGUGAACGCUUUUCGUAGAUGCAUGAAUUCACACCUCAUUUGCAAAAUUCUUACAGGAUUAGCUUUUUAUUUGUAAAACUAGGUUUUCUACAUUCAAAGUUAUUAUUGUAAGUUGUUAUAGAUUCCAAAGAAUGGCAACCUUUGUUAUUGUGAAAUUUUACUAUAUGCAUAUAUUUCAAGUUUAUUGAUUUUUACAA